CAGCUAAUCUGGUCCGGGGAGAAGCUGCGACUCAAGCCGCUGCUGCUCCUGAGUCCCAGGCAGCGGUCCGUCUCUGUGGAGUUCAGUCCAGCAAGCUAACUCACGGACGUCAGAUCUCAUUACCGCAGAAACGACGAACUUUUUUGUGCAACUCUGGGCAUUAAGUUAAUUUAGAGCACUCGGUGUAAACAGAUGAAUCUGUUGAAACCCAAUAUGUCCAUAUUACCGUUUACUCCUCCGAUCGUUAAGAGGCUCCUCGGCUGGAAGAAAGGAGAGCAGAACGGACUGGAGGAGAAAUGGUGUGAAAAGGCUGUGAGCUGUCUUGUGAAGAAGCUGAAAAGGACGGGACAGUUAGACGAGCUGGAAAAAGCCAUCACAACACAGAAUAUCUGCACCAAAUGCUUAACCAUACCCAGGUCUUUGGAUGGACGUCUGCAGGUCUCUCACAAAAAAGGUCUUCCUCAUGUGAUUUAUUGUCGCCUGUGGCGCUGGCCAGACCUGCAGUCCCAUCAUGAGCUGAGGGCCGUUGACCACUGUGAAUAUGCUUUUCACACCAAGAAGGAUGAAGUGUGUGUCAACCCCUACCAUUACCAGAGGGUGGAGACUCCAAUUUUACCUCCUGUCCUCGUGCCACGCCAUACAGAUAUUCCUGCUGAGUUUCCACCACUGGACGACUACAGAUCUUCUAUCCCUGAAAAUACCAAUUUCCCUUCUGGCAUUGAGCCUCAGAGCAACUUUAAUGCUGAUACUCCUACACCAGGAUACCUAAGUGAGGAUGGUGAGACAAAUGACCAUCAAAUCAAUCACAACAUGGACACGAGUUCGCCCAGCCUGUCACCCAAUCCUGUAUCACCCACUAACGGAAACCUUGACUUGCAACCUGUGACGUACUGUGAGUCGGCCUUCUGGUGCUCCAUCUCCUACUAUGAACUGAACCAGCGUGUUGGAGAGACCUUCCAUGCAUCCCAGCCCUCCCUCACAGUCGAUGGCUUCACUGACCCCUCCAACUCUGAACGCUUUUGUCUGGGCUUGCUGUCCAACGUCAACCGCAACUCGGCAGUAGAGCUCACGCGCAGACACAUAGGACGAGGUGUGAGGUUGUACUACAUUGGGGGAGAAGUGUUCGCAGAGUGUCUUAGUGACAGCGCCCUCUUUGUUCAAAGUCCAAACUGUAACCAGCGCUAUAGGUGGCAUCCUGCCACUGUGUGCAAAAUACCUCCAGGUUGCAACCUAAAGAUUUUCAACAACCAAGAGUUCGCUGCCCUCCUCACGCAGUCAGUUAAUCAGGGCUUCGAGGCUGUUUACCAGCUCACCAGGAUGUGCACCAUUCGCAUGAGUUUUGUGAAGGGCUGGGGAGCAGAGUACAGACGCCAGACGGUGACCAGUACCCCCUGCUGGAUAGAGCUACAUCUUAAUGGUCCUUUGCAGUGGCUAGACAAGGUCCUCACACAAAUGGGUUCUCCCAGCAUCCACUGCUCCAGUGUGUCUUAGGAACAGUUGUCCCAAACACACGACCGACUGCAAACCGCAUAGGAAAAAUCAAGCAUUUAUCAGGGAUACAAAAAUAUUCAGCCAUAUAAGCAGCUUCAAUCCUGUUCAGUUUUGUGACAUCUAAAACACUUUCUUUAGCUACAACCUGUGUAACUUUGUCACGUUAGGAAUCUUAGUCUUCAGUUUUGAU